AUGCAAUGGAAGACGAUAUCACUUCUCGUGUGUCUUUAUGGAGUGAUCAAGGAAUUCCGUCCGGCCACCCCGUUUCUAACUCCGUUUCUCGUUUCUGACGCAAAAAAUCUCAGCAUUGAGACAGUUUACAGUGACAUUUAUCCAUUCUGGACGUAUUCGUAUUUGAUUUGCCUGAUUCCAAUCCUGGCUCUCACUGAUCUUCUCCGCUACAAACCGCUUGUGAUCGUUGAAGCGAUCGGUCUCUGUCUCACGUGGGCGCUUCUCGUUUGGGCUCAAGGCGUUCAACUCAUGCAAUUGAUGCAAAUCGUCUUUGGUUUGGCAUCAGCUGCCGAGAUCGCUUUCUCUUCAUAUCUCUUUGCUGUCGUUGAUGUAAAACAAUAUCGCCGAGUCACCUCGUGGACGAAAACCUCAGUGCUUAUCGGGAAACUUUUCGCUUUUGCUUUGGCACAAUUUCUGGUUUCUUGGCUCGAUGCACCGUAUUUGUUGCUUAAUCAGAUCACUUUCAUCGCCACAAUCAUUGCUCUUUUCGUUGCUUUAACUCUUCCGACUGUGCCGAAAAGUCGACCGGAUGUUGUUCAAAAUGUUGAAGAAGCUCAACCAAAAACAACAUAUGAUCGAAAAAAAAGAAAAUCUGCUUCUUCAACUUAUCUAUCGACAAUGCGAGGGAGAUUUUUGAUCUACAAGGAGAACGCUUUGGUCCUGAAGUGGUCUCUCUCCUACGCUUUGAUUAGUUGUGCUAUGUAUCAAAUUUAUAACUACAUUCAACCGCUCUGGAUUGAGAUCGAUUCGGUUUCGAAAGCUGAGAAUGGGUUAAUUGAGUUCAUCAACACGGCUUUAGGAGCUGUAAUCUCUUUCGGCGUGCAAUUUGUGAAGCUCGACGGCUCAUCCCGUCUCGGUGAUUUCUUUCUCUUCAGUUCCGCCUCAAUUCUUGGAGUUGUAACAAUUGUGCUGAGCUUAACGUCUUCUUUAUGGAUUGCUUACGGGAUGUAUGUAAUGGCUGUCUUUAUUUACCACGCGCUUAGCCCAAUUUCCAGUACAAUAAUCGCUAGCCAACUUGAGAAAAGCGCUUAUGGCUUCGUUUUUGGAGCGAACUCGCUUUUUGCCUUAAUCAUUCAAACUGUGAUCACUUUCACCGUUGUUGACAAAAACUAUUUCGAGCUUAAAAUGCAACAACAGUUCCUCAUUUAUGCAUCAAUCUUUUUCUUGACGAGUCUGAUCCCGAUGAUUUGCUCAAUUUUGAAGCCAGUUCAAUUGAUUCACGAGUGUCCAACUGAAAGUGCAAUUUUAGAAGAUUUA